AUGGAGCAGGGUUCGUCCAAUGGGAGUCGAAGCAGCGGUGACUACCCCGCCGGUGCCUCCGCCAGCACGAGCGCGGAAGGCAACGGCGGCGAUAGCAGUGUCGACAAAGUCACCAAAAGUAACCAGGAUGAGGAAGAGGAGGGCGAUGACCGUAGUGCGUACGGUUCGGAAGACUUCGACGAUCAGAGCAAGUGCAGUGCCGCCGAGAGCGAGUAUGACUCUCGGGACUACGGCUUUGGCGAAGACGAUCGUUCCAGCACCAACAGCCCAACGACCGCAGACGGCUCCCAGACGCAGACUACGGGGACAGCUGCAGAAGAUGGAGAAGUCGAAGCUAGGAACGAGGCGGUGGGGGGGGAAUCAACAGCAACAGGAGGAGGAGCGUUGGACGAACACAACAACAGUCUGUCUUCGUACGCCGAAGACGACUUUGCCGACGAUGACAGCAUCGUUCCGCCAGCGCAAGAAGAGGUGGUUUCCACGCCGCUGUCCUCGGAUAAACCACCCGAUGCGGCGGGCGUCGCCGCCGCCGGCAACGUUGACGGAAACGAGACGAACCGGCAACAGGAACGAGGAGAACAAUCGGCGGACGACCCAGCUGCCGCCGCCGGCGUCACAGCGUCGCCCUCUCCUUCGUUCAACCAGCCCGACAGAAGAAAUUCCAACGGUGGUGACAAGGGCAGCGCCGACACUAGAACAGCUGGAGGUAAGAACGGGGAUCGACAUCGCCAAGAAAGCGCCUCGGAUAGAGGCGACGGCAUGGGCAACGACCGCGAUGCCACAACCAACCCCGGGGGCGCGCGGGGCGUGGUUAGAGAGGUCGACGACAAAGACCGCCCGAUGGGUUCCUUGCCGCCGGUGACGGAGCUUGAGGAGCGGUUGCGGCGUGCAAACUUGGAGAACGCUCGCCUGAGAGAGGCGGCGGAGCAGAACAUCGCAGCCACGCCGGGCUCGGCGGAUGACGGCGGCGCAAAGAAGGAGCUCGAGGUUCUCAAGCACCAGGUUGAGGCAGCAAGGGCCGUCAUGCUUUCAUCUCUAGCCGAUGGCGAGGACAAGCCAGAGAGGACCCUGCUCGAGCUGGUGCUCCUGGCGGAGUCUCAAGGGUACAAACAGGCAGAAAAGAACAACGCAGGCGGGGGUGGUAGCAGGAGGAGAAAGUCUUCCGCGGCCGAAGCCACCGCCGCAGCAGCCGCUGCGGUGAAGGUCGAGUCCAUCGCUCGAGCCGAGCUCGAGAAGCGCGUGGAGUCCCUCGAGCGAGACCUCGCGCGCGCCGGCCAGGAGAGCCGAGCGCAGUCGGCGAGGGCGGCGUCUCUCCAGCGGCAGCUGGACAGUGGCGGUAACGGUGGUGAUCAAAGCGGCAGCGGGCAAAGUGGCAGUGGCGGGGUCGCCGGCGGAGUAGGAGUUGUGGUGAACAGUGGUGGUGGUCUCGAUGACGUCACGAUCGGAGUAGCGACGGCGGACAUCAUGGCGCUCAAGGUUAAGGCUACCCAGCUGGUGGAGAGGCUGAGGCACGAGAAAUCCGCCCGGCUGAAGGCGGAGCGGAAGACGCAGAAGGUCGCGGGAAAGGUUCAAGUGUUGAGCGACCACAUCGAAAAGCUCAUGAUGUUCCUGAAGCACGAGGCGACGCAGAAGGCGAAGGCACACGAACAACAGCGGCGCCUGCAGAAAGAGCUGGAGCUGGUUAAGGCUAGGAGCACCGCCCUUCUACGCAGCAAUCAGGCGAAGGACAGGGUGACGACGGAGCUGCGGGAGGGCUCGAAGAUAUUGGAAGACCAGCUGCGUCUGAUGGACGAGAAGUACAUGGAGCUCCGAACGAAGCUGGACUGGACCAGAACGAAAGCCGACAAGGACGUCCGCCGCGCCCGCGCACAGGCCUCCGCGCUCCGGACCAAGUGGGCCAUCCUCUGCGGCGACGGGGAGGGCGGCGGCGGGAGCUCCCUGCUGGACACGAUGCAGGUGGACGUGGCGCCGGGGCCCCACUUGAACCACUCGUCGUCUGCGCCGGGGACAGCAGCAGCCGGCGGAGGAAGAGGAGGAACCGGGGCCGCGGGCCACAACAACAAUCAUGGCGUGGCGGCGGGUGGCCAUUCCCCCAAGUUUGCGAGCAGCAACAACGGCCAGCACCAUGGCGGCGGGCCGUCAAGGGCGGGAGUAGGGUCCCCCCCGAUCGCUAGAAGAGGUGGGGGUGGGGGGGGAGGAGGAGGAGGGGGGCGAGGCGUUCCGCUUUCGCGAGGGGGCCAGGAUCCCUUGGCCCCGAGCACGUCGGAUCCAUCGCUUCUCCGGGGACAGCAAACACGGCCGCAGCGAAGCGGCUUUGGUGGGGGUAAUAGUAGUUUGAAAAUGGUCGGUGCCGGCGGCGGCGGCGGGAAAUUCAAAAACGCAGCGGUGCCACUGCCGGGGUACGCCGGGGGAGGGGGCGCGGCACGCGGUGGAUCGCCGCCGGGAGGGCUGUCGGCUGGCUUGUCUGCGGGAACGGAUCCCGGCGGAGAAUUGUUGGGCGACAUGGGGACCGGGAGAGGGGGCACCGGCGGCGGCGGACAACGACCACCUUGGAGCGAACAGGGGGGUGGCAGGGGGGCCGGAGAUAUUGCAUCUAAAAAAAUCCUGUAUGCGUGA